AUGCAAGAUGUAAAAACCGAAUAUAUGUUUAUGGAGCUUGUUAUACGGCGUGCUUAUGAAUCAAGCAGGAACAACAGCAAUUAUCUUAUUGCUUUAGUUUUAACUACAAAAUUUAAUUCAUUAACUUACGACAUGUCAUCAAGGUCAUCAACAUUCACAACAAAAGACAGACAUAGGCAGCUAUUUUUGUUUGUUGUUGUCUUAUGCAACAAUAAACAAAUUCAUGGCGAUCGGAAGGCAUAA